UGUGUGUGUGUGUGUGUGUGUGUGUAUGUUUGUUUGGUCUGUUUGUGUGUAUGUAGGCAUGCUGCAGUUGCGUACGUCUGUGCGUUUGCUUUAAAUCUGGGAAGAGGUCCCUAAAAUCGGCCGUUUCUGCGCAUUGUUACCUGUUUGCCAAAGGGACACAUCAUUCCAGAGUCAGAACUGAACACCUCAGAGGGCAACCUCUGCAACACGCUGGGGUGUGACAGUGUGACCUUUAACACGUGAACCUGGCGUGAUACAAACUCCCAAAGCCUUGAUCGACAUUUGGACUGGCCAGUAUGGAGUCCAUCAAUAGCCCCAGCACCACUGCUCCUGUGGUGGAGACCAGUCCUACGUCACUGGCCACAGCUGACAUAGUGGUGCUCAUUCUUUACUUCGUGCUGGUGCUAGCUGUGGGGUUGUGGUCAAUGUGGAAGACAAAACGAGGCACCGUUAAUGGAUAUUUCCUUGCCGGCAAAAACAUGACAUGGUGGCCAGUAGGAGCCUCCCUGUUUGCCAGUAACGUGGGCAGUGGCCACUUUAUUGGCCUGGCAGGCUCAGGGGCUGCUGCUGGCAUUGGUGCUGUGGCCUACGAGUGGAAUGGGUUGCUGAUGGUGCUACUCCUGGGUUGGCUCUACCUACCCAUCUAUGUGGCCUCUGGGGUCACCACCAUGCCUGAAUACCUACAGAGGAGAUUUGGGGGAAAGAGAAUACAGUUAUUUAUUGCUGUUUUGUACUUAUUCAUUUAUAUCUUCACAAAAAUAUCGGUGGACAUGUAUGCGGGCGCCGUGUUCAUCCAGUUGGCCCUCCAGUGGAACAUCUACCUGGCAGUGGUGGUGCUCCUCAGUAUCACAGCUCUCUACACGGUGGCAGGUGGCCUUGCAGCAGUGAUCUACACAGACGCUGUCCAGACUCUCAUCAUGCUGGUGGGAGCCUUGACACUAAUGGUCUUCAGUUUUGCGGAGGUGGGGGGUUGGCAGGCCCUCCUGGAUGGCUACCACUCUGCCAUCCCCUCCAUCAGAGAACCCAACACCACCUGUGGAAUCCCGCGGGAGGACGCCUUCCACCUGUUCCGCCACCCCGUCACCUCUGACCUCCCAUGGCCAGGGGUCAUCGUGGGCAUGACCAUCCCAUCCAUGUGGUACUGGUGCACUGACCAGGUUAUAGUCCAACGCUCCCUGGCGGCUAAGAACCUGAUCCAUGCUAAAGGCGGCUCUCUGCUGGCGGCAUACCUGAAGGUCCUGCCCUUUUUCAUGAUGGUGCUGCCAGGCAUGAUCAGCAGAAUACUCUUCACUGAUGAGGUGGGGUGUGCAGACCCAGACGUGUGUAAGGCGGUGUGUGGGAACCCAGUGGGCUGCUCAGACAUUGCCUAUCCCAAGCUUGUGAUGGAGCUGCUUCCCAGUGGUCUAAGAGGCCUGAUGAUGGCGGUCAUGCUCGCUGCUCUUAUGUCCUCCCUGACCUCCAUCUUCAACAGCUCUAGCACCAUCUUCACCAUGGACCUGUGGCGGCACAUCCGCAAGCGGGCGUCCGAGUGGGAGCUGAUGAUCGUGGGCAGAGUAUUUGUGCUGGUGCUGGUUGUUGUGUCCGUGCUGUGGAUCCCUCUGGUCCAGGCCAGUCAGGGCGGUCAGCUCUUCAUAUACAUCCAGGCCAUCAGCACGUUCCUGCAGCCCCCCGUCUCCGUGGUCUUCAUUGCCGGCUGCUUCUGGAAGAGGACCAAUGAGAAGGGUGCAUUCUGGGGUCUCCUGGUGGGCUUGAUUAUUGGCAGUGUGCGGAUGAUUCUGGACUUUGUCUACCCCGCGCCCCUGUGCUUUGAGGAUGACACCCGCCCGGCGGUGGUCAAAAAUGUCCACUAUCUGUACUUCUCCAUGAUGCUGUCGGUCAUAACCAUGGUCAUCGUGGUGUGUGUGAGUCUGGCCACUGAGGAGCCAACGCCUGAACAGAUCAGCCGUCUGACGUGGUUCAGCAGGUUUGAUGAGGUGAAAGUGGCUGAGGAGCCAGCGCACACAGACAUGGAGGCGCCCGAGAUGAAGGACAGGUCAGAGAAACAUGUGCAAGGGACCAGUGGGAACGGAGCGCUGCAUGAGGACAGGCAAGCCUCUGUGUCCACUCAGGCCAGUGUGUCGGCCGCCUCUCGGCUGAAGAGGACCUGCCUUUGGCUCUGUGGUCUGGACAAACCUCCCGAGGGGAACGGCUCGCCAGCGCCCCCGCCACCCGACGCCAUCAUCAACUCCCUGGAGGAGCAGCCCUGCAUGAGGGGGGUGGUGGACGCCAACCUCAUCGUGUGCCUGUCUGUCGCCGUCUUCCUCAUCGCCUACUGGGCCUGAGCGGACCGUUUACUAAAGGCUGAUAACCACGCCACGGGUUGACACCAACAGCUUGGUUGGAGUUAGAAGUGGUGUGUCUGAAGACGUCUCUGUAUCUUUUGUGUUUGCAACGGAUAUCAAAGGUUUUCUUAAGUCAUUUACAUACUAUGGUGAUUCUCCUGCACAAUGUGAUUGAGAAAUGAGCGAUGUACCAUUACUUGUGCAGACAGGAGAAAAGCAGCCUGUAGGUGGCAUAGCUCAACAAAUGUGAUGGAUCAAAUAACAUAUGUGUGUAUAAAUAUUGACUGUGAAAGUCUGUGAAAAUGUAAGUAUGAACUUUGUAAUGUGCCAUGUGCCCCAUGACCCAUGCACGUUUUAUUUAUUACAUGUCAAUCAUUGUGUAAUCUAUACCACUGUUCAAAUUUUAUUAGUUUGCAGAUAACUGAUUUAACUUGAGUCAAACAACCCUUCAAAUAACACUUUCAGUUUUGCACUGUGAGCCAAAUUGUCUUUUUCCAUAUCCCAAACUUGGCUAAAUGGGAUUCCAAGUGGGAUGAGACAAACAGAGCACAUCUAUCAGGGAGGAGUAGCACUUUCACCUGUAGCACGAUCAAGGUUUUUUCAUCAGAAAGUUUUCAUUAAGUGUAAAUACCUCCCAGUUUGCCUAAAUUGUUUAACUUAUGAUAGAAAGUUGAGGCAUUUUAUAAUAUCAUAACAGGUUAACUAAAAGUUAAGCAGUGAUUACUUGAAUGACAUUCUUUUAUUGGAUUUCUUUUCAAGCAUUUGAACAGGUUAUAUGUGCAUAGAAUGGAAAAAGAUUGAAAAAACAGCUUUGGUCACUACCAUUGCAAUCAUAGCAAAACGAUCAAAAAAAACGACAGAAUGACACCAAUGCACUGAGAGGUAUGCAUAGACAGAAUAUCUGAGAAUCUCUUUGGCAUUAAACAUGAUGCACAUUUUCCAA